AUGGAAAACAAAGAUCCAGACCUGGACACUGCCAUUUCUCUCUGUAAAACUGGUAAAUUGGGAGAACUUCGAAAUUUAAUUCUUUCUGGACGAGUCAAGCAAAACGUAAUUGAUUUUCAUGGAAAUUCACUCUUGUAUUAUGCAUGUGUUUGUGGAUCAUUGGAUAUUGUUCAUUAUUUAAGUGCUUUGGGACUUAGGGAUUGUAAAUAUCAUCGAUGUUGGUGGAAUAGUCUCUCAUUGGAAGUUAGAAAUGCUCUCAAAUUGUAUAAUUCAUACAAGACGAAUGAGGAAGCAAAUACGAAACCAAAAAAGAAGGAUGAUUAUUCAUUGAAUGGACUGUUGGAUCGAUAUUUGAAGAGAAUUAUUUAUCAAUCGCAAAAUAAUGAAGAUUAUGAUUUGAUUCUCAAAUUGAAAUUUGCAGAUCAACAAGCACCAAUUGAGUACAAGUGUCAUUUGUGGAUUAUUUUGGCAAAAUGGCCUGAAAUUGUAUAUUUUGUGAAGAAUAAGAUUGAUACACGAGUUUUUCCUAUAUUUUCAUGUGAAGAUUAUCUUCUUACUUUGAAAAGUAAUAAGAAAAUUGAAGAUGAAAUGAAACAAAAAUAUCCAAAAGAAACACCAAAGCAAUUGUACAGUAUUGUAAAGAAGGAAAAGCAGAAAGUUCAGAAAUUGAAAGAAAGUUACUCUCUUUUUAAUAUGAACACUCCAAUUGAUGAGUACAUUGAAGGUAUUCCUACAGAUAUGGAAGGUUUAAAGGAAUACAUUCAAACUAAUCUAACAUUCAUUGAUUUCGGACAGGUUCCCUUAGGAAAGUCUCUAUUUGAAAGUAUUUUGACGUGGAUCUAUACAGGACAUGUUCCUCAACAAUUAGAAGAACAGUCAAUCCUUGCUAGUGUGGCAUUAAGAUUCAAAAUUGAAAAGUUGUUUAAUACUAUUUUUGGUUAUUUGAAAAAAGAACCCAUUCUUGUAAAUAAUCAAUCACCAAGCGAUUUAUCAAUAUUACCAUUAAUUGAACCUUUUGAAAAGAUGGACAUUUUUACCAAGAUAAGAAGAGUGACCUGUAACAUGGGCAUUACUUUAAUUGAAAAUCCGCAGGAAAUAUUCAUUCCUUGCCACAAGAAUUUCAUCAUGGAUAGAAGUGAAUUCUUCAAGGUCAUUAUCAAUUGUCAAUUUGAGGAGGGAAACAAAUUCAGAGAACAAGAAGCAAGAAAAGAGCUUCCCAUCAUUGAAUUAUAUCAAUCUCUACCAAAGGAAACUCUCAUUCUCAUUCUAAACUUUAUCUAUUGUGAAAAAAUUGAGUUGAAUAAGGGAAACUUUGUAGAAUUCCUCACUUUGGGUGAAUUAUUUGGAAUGCCAUCUCUUGUAAAGCAAUGUGAUGAUUUUUUAUUUAAAAGUCGAUUUAAUGGAGAGGAAAUAUUUGAAUUGUACAAAUAUGCAUUGAAUUGUGACAGUGAAUCUUGGAUUCUGCAUUUGGAGAGAAAUGCUUUAGAGCAUGUUAAGAGAGAAUCUUUUAAAAGGAAAAAUCCUUGGAAUCUCGAACAAGUUGUGGAUGACCUAUUGAAAAUGGGAGCCAAUCCAAAAAGUAUUGCGAAAUACAUUGGUGUAUAA